AUGGCCGCUCAUAACCCCUCGCUGAACUUGCAUUUACCCGGGUCGAUUCAAGCCGACUCUAGUGGCACCGUCACCCCCAUUUCACAACACUCCUCCACCCUGCCUCCGGCUGCUAUGACCUCUAGCACCGUAGCCGAUACGGCCUCGCUCAAGUCCAAGGAUACACCGAGCCUUUCGGCCACACUCGCCACCAACCCGUCCGCCGCGAAAGGACCUGCCGCACGCCCCGAGGAGUCCUUGGCGUUCAACAAGUUCAUUCUGUACGAGAACAGGCUGCGCUUCUACGUCGUCGCGUCCAACACCUCGGACUCGCGCCACCGGAUCAUCAAGAUUGACCGCACGUUCCAGGAGGAGCUGAUCAUCAUCGAGGAUGAGUGUGUCUACAGCGGAAAGCAAAUGACCGCCAUGCUCAAGAUGUUGGAGGACGGGAACCGGCAUUGCGGAGGACUGGGCAAGGCGCGAGUGUUCUUCGGGGUGGCUGGCUUCAUCAGGUUCACCGCGGGCUGGUAUAUGAUCCUCGUCUCGAAGCGGUCCGUCGUCGCGCUCAUAGGCGGACACUACGUCUACCACUGCGAGAGCACGGACAUUCUUCCCAUUGCUUUCAACCACCGCGUGGAGAAGCCGGCCGAAGAGCAGCGUCUGCUGAACAUCUUCAAGCAGGUGGACAUGUCGAAGAACUUCUACUUCAGUUACACAUAUGACCUAACUUCGACGCUUCAACACAACCUGACGCGUAGUGGUCUUGGACCUGCGCGUCGAUGGUCUAUUAAUGACCGUUUUGCGUGGAAUCACUAUCUGCUCACAGCGGCGUUCGCCCGCGAUGAGACACCAUCAUCGAAUAGGUCGCAUUGGCUGGUGCCGCUCAUCCAUGGACAUGUCGACCAAGCUAAAUUAACGGUACUCGGGCGUGUCGUGUUUAUUACGCUCAUUGCGCGCAGAUCUCGUCACCAUGCCGGUGCCCGGUAUCUGAAGCGCGGAGUCAAUGACGAGGGCAAUGUCGCGAACGAAGUGGAGACUGAGCAGAUCGUCUCUGAGAUACUCACGACGCCUUUCUAUUACCCGGCGGAGCAAGAUUCUGCGGACGGGCGAACCAGAAGGCCUAAUCCAAAGUUCACGAGCUAUGUACAGUAUCGAGGUAGUAUACCUCUGUUCUGGACGCAGGAGGUCACAGGUGUAGCCAAGCCUCCGAUCGAGAUCCCUGUAAUGGACCCUUUCUACGUCUCUGCCGCUCGGCAUUUCGAUGGCCUCUUCAAGCGAUACGGCUCUCCCAUCAUGAUUCUGAAUCUGAUCAAGAGCAGGGAGCCUCAGCCACGAGAGUCGAAGCUACUGGUGGAAUAUAAGCAGUGUAUCAAGUACCUCAACCAGUUCUUACCGCCGGAGAACAAGCUACUGCAUGAACACUGGGAUAUGGCCCAAUACUACAAGACCAAGACAAAUGACGUUAUUGGCCAGCUGGAGGACAUGGCGGAGCAGUCCAUCCAAACCACCGGAUUCUUCCACACAGGACGCGAGCCCUACUCGCACGCAUUGCAGAACAGCGACGGCUAUCCUUUACGCACAUCGAUGUCAGUGCAGAACGGCAUCUGCAGGACGAACUGCGUGGACUGUCUAGAUCGGACCAACGCAGCUCAGUUCGUCUACGGCAAGAAGGCGCUCGGUCACCAACUGUAUGCUCUAGGCAUCGUCGACUCGCCGAACCUCGCGUUCGACUCCGACGCCGUGAAUAUGCUUACUGAGAUGUACCAUGAUCAUGGAGACAGUCUUGCACUCCAGUACACCGGCAGCGCCCUCGUUAACCGCGUAGAGACAUACCGGAGAAUGCCCCAUUGGAACAGUCACUCUCGCGAUAUCAUCGAGAAUCUACGCCGUUUCUACGCGAAUUCUCUGCUAGACAAUGACAAGCAAGCUGCGAUCAACUUGUUCCUUGGCAUCCCCUCGGAGAAGACCAGCGCACGGACCCCGCCCCAGCGCGGAAACUACCAGAAGUGGUUCACCGACGAACAUUUGGAAGAAGCGUAUCCCCUCGAAGCGUGCGAGGAGGCAGUCGUGCAAUUCGUCAACACCCGCGCAGAGUACUGGAUCGAGUAUUACCGCCCCCUCCUGUUCACGUCCCUCGGGAAGCAUUUCGCAUUCUCGAUGAACAGCACGCUGAAGCUUCCCGGCAAGACCGCGCGCGACAUCAACACGAGCCCCUUCCUGCAGCAUCAUACCUCGCAGUCUCAGCCAAAGCUGAUGGAUGGGGUACGCCGGUGGAUGGGUGCCACUCCGCCGGCGGGUGUACGAGCAUCCCGCGUCGACCGCACGGAACACAAGCAGAAGCUGAAGUUGGCCACGGCUCGACCGGAGAGCCACCCGGAGUCUUUGCCGGAGCUUGUCACAAGGCUACUGGAUCCAAUUGUCAAGGAAGAGGAAGAGUACCAGGAGUACAUCGGACAAGGACAAGAGCUCCUGGUCACUUCGAACGAAGAGGUCGACUACCGGGAGCUGUACAUGAAGUACCGCGACGCGAUCAACCUCGCAUCUGGAGUCGAGGAACCCAGUGAGCUGACCGAGAAGGACGAGAAGAUCAUGUCGGCGUACAUGGACAGAGGAAGCGCGCAAGGUGUCGACGUGGGCUACACGUCGACAAACUAUGAGAAGAUCAUCGCGGAGCUGACUAUGGUUGACUGA